AUGAGCCAUGUUUUUUAUACACUCAACUACCUACAUAUUUCUUAUAUCCUUAUUACUUUUAGUCCUAUCCUCCUUGGCUUCCUAUAUUGGCGAGAGUUUUGGGAAGACGUUGGCCUCCCUUCCUACAGUGGCCUCCUGGAAGUCCUAUCUUGGCUGGAUGUCAAGUCACGUGAUCUUCGCACCCUAUGA